UCACUCGCCAAUUGCGUUGUGUGUGAGCUGGAAAACGGCCACAUUUGGCCUCUGCGUUAUCAUCUUCCUUCCUUCCUCUUUCUCUUUCUUAUGCUCUUCUCUCUCAGUUGCUGGCACUGCCCAACACCCUCAAUUGCCAAUCCUGAGGGCUGAGGCCGUCCUGCAACCAAUGGCUGCCACUAUUCCUCUGCUUCAGUUCGUCCCCACCAAAACCUUCCAAGCCAAGAUUCACUCGAACAGACUCAGACCCACCAAGCAGAGAGGAACUUUUGGUUUAUCUAUGGUUACAUGCUCUUCUUCUAAUGGAAGAGAGCCUGAUUCUGUGGAUGGUGUGAAGAGCGUGGAGCGGUUGCUUGAAGAGAAAAGGCGAGCUGAGUUUUCUGCUCGGAUUGCCUCAGGGGAAUUCACUGUCGAGAAAACUGGUUAUCCAUCUCAAUUGAAGAACGGUUUGUCGAAGUUGGGUGUUCCUGGGGAGAUUCUAGAUUUUUUAUUCAGCUGGGCUGAUGCACAUGAUGGCUCUCCCAAAAUUCCAGAGGCAAAAGGAGCAAUUAGUGCCAUUCAAAGUGAGGCCUUUUUCAUCCCACUAUAUGAGCUUUACCUCACUUAUGGUGGAAUUUACAGGCUGACCUUUGGACCAAAGUCCUUUUUGAUCGUUUCUGAUCCUUCCAUUGCCAAACAUAUAUUAAGGGAUAAUUCAAAGGCUUAUUCAAAGGGAAUCUUGGCUGAAAUUCUAGAGUUUGUCAUGGGGAAAGGACUCAUCCCAGCAGACGGUGAAAUAUGGCGUGUUCGACGACGUGCUAUAGUCCCUGCAUUGCAUCAGAAGUAUGUAGCAGCUAUGAUUAAUCUCUUUGGAGAAGCAGCAGAGAAGCUUUGCCAAAAGCUAGAUGCUGCUGCAUCUGAUGGGGAAGAUGUAGAGAUGGAGUCACUUUUCUCCCGUUUGACACUGGACAUCAUUGGCAAGGCACUUUUUAAUUAUGAUUUUGAUUCAUUAACAAAUGACACUGGGAUAGUUGAGGCUGUGUACACUGUCCUGAGAGAAGCAGAAGAUCGUAGUGUUGCACCAAUACCAGUAUGGGAGAUCCCAAUAUGGAAAGACAUUUCACCACGACAAAGAAAGGUUGCAACAGCCCUCAAACUAAUCAAUACUACGCUGGAUGAUUUGAUAGCAAUUUGCAAGAGGAUGGUAGAUGAAGAAGAGCUACAGUUUCAUGAGGAGUAUAUUAAUGAACAAGAUCCUAGUAUUCUCCAUUUCCUUUUGGCUUCUGGGGAUGAUGUUUCUAGCAAGCAACUCCGUGAUGACUUGAUGACAAUGCUUAUAGCUGGGCAUGAAACAUCAGCUGCAGUUUUAACAUGGACCUUUUAUCUUCUUUCCAUGGAGCCUAGCGUCAUGUCGAAGCUCCAAGAGGAGGCUGAUUCUGUUCUAGGAGAUAGAUAUCCAACAAUUGAAGAUGUGAAGAAACUCAAGUAUGCAACUCGUGUUAUUAAUGAGUCCUUGAGGCUUUACCCACAACCACCUGUGUUAAUUCGUCGUUCUCUUGAGGAUGACAGGCUUGGAGACUACUCUAUUAAAAGGAAUGAGGAUAUAUUUAUUUGUAUUUGGAAUCUGCAUCGCAGUCCAAAACAAUGGGAUGAUGCAGAUAAGUUUAAGCCUGAAAGAUGGCCAUUAGAUGGACCCAAUCCAAAUGAGACGAACCAAAAUUUUCGUUACUUGCCCUUUGGUGGAGGACCGCGGAAAUGCGUAGGUGACAUGUUUGCCACAUAUGAGACUGUGGUAGCACUUGCAAUGCUUGUUCGAAGAUUUAACUUUCAAAUGGCACUUGGUGCUCCUGAGGUCAAGAUGACUACGGGAGCAACAAUUCACACCACAGAAGGGUUGAAGAUGACAGUUACCAGGAGAAUAAAACCUCCCAUAGUGCCCACAUUGGAGAUGACGACAUUUGAAGUGGAUACAUCUGUAGGUGUUUCAAAAGGGGAUUCUUUAGUUGGUAAAAAAGGUUUGUAGAUAAUGCUGUAAAUUGAGAGAGGCAAGAGCAUAGAGUUGCAAGGCUAAGAAAGAAACUGUGUAUAGUGCAGCGGCCAACGGCUUUAUUUUUAAGCCAUCAAUAUAGUUCUUAAGUCUCUUGAAGAAUCCGUUCAGCUCAGUAAAUUUCCAAGCUCCCUACCAAAGCAUCACAUCUUUCUCAGUGUAUUAAAAACACUUCCUGUAAUACCCUCAAAAA